AUGAAGCUUUGCGACUUUGGUGUUUCUGGAGAACUGAUUAACAGUGUGGCUGGUACAUUUACAGGUACUAGCACCUACAUGGCUCCUGAACGUAUCAUGGGCCAACCUUAUACCAUUACUUCUGAUGUUUGGUCAUUAGGAGUUACGAUUCUAGAAUUGGCGCUUAACAGGUAUCCUUUCACAGAGGAUGGCGAACCGCCUAUGGGCCCUAUCGAUUUGCUUACAUUCCUGUUGAAUUCACCGCUUCCUACACUCAAAGAUGACCCAGAACGUGGCGUUCGCUGGAGUCGUUCCCUUCGAGAUCUAGUGGAACGAUGCUUGAUUCGCGAUGGCACAAAGCGUGACAGCAUUCGUGUCCUUCUACAACACCCACUUGUAAAGCGCGCAGAAUUGAUACCUAACACGGAUAUGGCUCGGUUUGUGGCCAAGGUGUGGAAUUGGCCUGUGCCAGAAAUGUAG